AUGGCCUCAACUCAAGAUUCUGUAGACACAGUGCUGAAGACGAAACUGCUCCAACUCGAGUGCCACUUUACCUGGGACCUGAAAAAAGAUGACCUUGAUUUCAGUGAUCUGCAGAACAAGCUUAAGCACCAGAUUGAACUGGAAUUGGGAGAGGACACAGGGAUAGCACAGUCAUUCAGCUCUCUGGCUUUCACAAAGUACCUACAAGGUCUGCUUGAAGAAGCACGGGAUGACUUAAUGAAGGCUGAGAAGCACAUCAAGAAACACCAUGCGGAUGACUAUGAGAAGCUGCUUAUUGUCAUUUAUGGAAACUUUGCAUGGUUAUAUUACCACAAGGGUGAUCAGGCAAAAUCUCAGAGCUACCUGGAGAAGGUGGAAGAGAUCAACAGGAGGUUUCCCACAGGAUCCUCUUCUGUCCUCCAUCCUGUUGUCUAUGGGGAGAAAGGCUGGACCUACAUGAAAUUCUCUAAUAAGUACAAUGAAAAAGCAAUAGAGUGUUUCAAGAAAGCAUUGGAGGCAGAACCAGAGGAGAAUGAGUGGAAUACUGGCUAUGCUAUCGCACUGUAUCGCACUGAAUCUGAGCUCACAAGCAUCGAAGAGUCACCAGCAAUUACACAGCUGAGACGUGUAUUGACGUUGGCCCCAAACACUUCUAACAUCAUGGCGCUGCUAGGUCUGAAACUAGUGAUAUAUGAGAACUUUAAGGAAGCAACAGAAUUGGUGGAGAAAGUCCUGAAGACUUCACCAGACAACCCCUAUGUGACACUAUAUGUGGCAAAGUACUUUCGACAAUACACAUCUGUGGAGAGUUCCAUUGCUCUUCUGAAGACAGUGCUGGAACAGACACCGAAUUCAUCUUUUCUCCAUUACCAAUUUGCACUCUGCUAUAGAAAGAAGAGGAAAGAUUUACCUUGCACUCUCUCCUCAGUCGGCCCGAUGCCCUUCUCCGACAACAGAAUUCCCAUGAAAGUUGAACGUUUGACCCAAGAUACAUUGCUAAAAACCAAACUGCUGCAGCUGGAGAGCCACUUCACAUGGGGCUUGAAAAAAGAUGACACUGACUUCAGUGACCUGCAAAACAGGCUGAAGUACCAGAUUGAGCUGGGGUUAGGUGAGAACACAGGGAUAGCACGGUCAUUCAGCUAUCUGGCUUUCACUAAGUACCUACAAGGUCUGCUUGAAGAAGCACGGGAUGACCUUGUGAAGGCUGAAGAGUGUUUCAGGAAACACCAUGCGGAUGACUGUGAGAAGCUGCUUAUUGUCACUUAUGGAAAUUUUGCCUGGGUGUACUACCACAUGCGUGAUUGGGCGAAAUCUCAGAGCUACCUGGAGAAGGUGGAAGAGAUCAAGAAGAGGUUUCCCACAGAAUCCCCUUCUGUCCUCCAUCCUGUUGUCUAUGGGGAGAAAGGCUGGGCAUUCCUGAAAUUUUCUCGGAAAUACUAUGAGAAAGCGAAAGAGUGCUUCAAGAAUGCGUUGGAGGCAGAGCCAGAGGAGAGAGAGUGGAAUGUUGGCUAUGCUAUCGCACUGUAUCGCACUGAAUCUGAGCUCACAAGCACUGAAGAGUCACCAGCAAUUAAACAGCUGAGACGCGCAUUAGAGCUUGACUCAGAGAAUGCUGGCAUUAUGGCACUGUUAGGUCUGAAACUUGCUGCCUAUAAAAACUUUAAGGAAGCAGAAGAGUUGGUGGAGAAAGCCAUGAAGACAUCACCAGACAACCCCUACGUGACACGAUAUGUAGCAAAGUAUUUUCGGCAACAAGGAUCCACGGAGAAGUCGAUUGCUCUGCUAAAGAGAGCACUAGAACAGACACCCAAUUCAGCAUUUUUGCACCAUCAGCUUGCACUCUGCUACAAGAGGAAAAGGAUUGCUUUACGCAGGCCUGGAGGUCAUACAAGCAAAGCAGAAACUGAAGAGUUGCUGAAUCUGGUUAUCCGUCACUUGGAGGAGGCCACCAUUCUGAAACCCUCCUUCAUUUAUGCCAUGGCAGAGUUGGGACUCAGCUAUGGAGAGAAUGGAAAUAUCAGCAAGGCGGAGGAGGUGUUUCAGAGAACAUUUGAAGUUGCUACUACUAAAAAUGAGAGCCUGCAGGUGACCAACGUCUAUUACGCAGAUUUCCAGCUCUACCAUAACAAAUCUGGGUCCCUGGCUAUGAAGUACUACAAGGAAGGUCUCACACUGCAGAAAGACACAGCAGAGGGAAAAAAGUGCGCAAAUAAACUUGAAACCAUUGCCAAGAAGCACAUUUCCAGAAACUCCCAGGAUGGCGAGGCAUUCGGAAUUCUGGGCUACGUUUAUCAAACAAGGGGUGAAAAACGGCAAGCCAUCGAGUGCUAUGAGAAGGCUCUUUUACGUGAUCCUGGCAAUGAGGAGUACCUCUCUGCCCUCUGUGACCUUCGCUUAUCUCUGGAUAUUUGA